UAAAGAAAUGUCUUUUUGGAGUGAAGUAGAUGAACGUUUUGAGCUAUUUUGUUCUUAUCGCUUGUAAGAUAUGAGAAUAAUAUUGUUAUCUAAAAACUGUGCAAUUGGCUUUUAUAUAUGUUAAAUGUGAUGUAAUUGUGUUUAAAUUUCUUGAACGUGAUAAUUUGUUUGUGAAGUGCCACAAAGUCAAGAUUAGUUCGUGCUCCCUAGCCGUGCUUUAUUAGUGGAAACGAUUCAAUAAAGCCAAGAAAUGCAAGCUAUCAAAUGUGUUGUGGUUGGAGACGGAGCCGUCGGUAAAACAUGUCUACUCAUCAGUUACACCACAAACGCCUUUCCCGGGGAAUACAUACCUACAGUAUUCGACAACUACUCGGCGAAUGUGAUGGUGGAUGGUAAACCAAUUAACCUGGGCCUAUGGGAUACCGCGGGUCAAGAGGACUACGACCGCCUGCGACCUCUCUCCUAUCCACAAACAGACGUGUUCCUCAUAUGUUUCUCACUCGUUAAUCCAGCGUCCUUUGAAAACGUUCGAGCUAAGUGGUAUCCGGAGGUGCGACAUCAUUGUCCAUCAACACCCAUCAUCCUAGUGGGCACCAAACUUGAUCUACGCGAAGACAAGGAAACUAUUGAGAAGCUCAAGGACAAAAAACUUGCGCCCAUCACCUAUCCACAGGGUCUCGGUAUGGCGAAGGAGAUCAAUGCUGUAAAGUACCUGGAAUGUUCAGCGCUGACGCAGAAGGGUCUGAAGACUGUGUUCGACGAGGCCAUACGCGCCGUGCUCUGUCCCGUACAACCGAUACGGCCGAGGCGGAAAUGCGUACUGCUCUAAGGUAACGUAGCCGUAAUACAAAGGCGGUGUUAACAGCGUAGCUUUCUAAAUAAAUAGAUCGCACCGGAGAUCCGUCUCUAACGCAGUUUAGACGCGCGUGCAAAAGGACUGCAAUAAGCAUACCAUACGAUGUUAAUUUUUACUGUUAACGCAUAUUAUUGUAACGUGGGUCGGUGUGAAUGAGUCCGUAUGUAAUCGCUUUGUAAUGUAUAACCUGUCACUGGCAGUUUUUCAUCGUAACCUUUUUUGUUUGAGCUGCAUUGUCUAUGGAAUUUGGAUCGCCCAUUGCGUCAUUGGACGUUCUAAGUUUGAAAUCGUCGUGAUGCUUUGGAUCGUUCACAUUCUGCCGUGAAAUUUAUUUAGGCACUGAAUAUACGAGUUGGUUACUGCUUUUGUAAAUUAUGCAGCAGUGUUUUGUACAAUACCGGGACCUUAUUAUAGAGGUUUCGCUAAAUUAAUCUUUGUGCGGUGUUUUUAUUUUAAUACAAUAAUUGUAUUUAAUUCAAACAAAAAAUGUCAGUGACUUUUGGAAUUAUCAAAUCUAUAUUUAUCAAAUUCUUUGAAAAAAAUAACAUGCGACAUUCCUGUAUUGUUUCAAAGCCCAUUAAAACACGUUCGGUACAAAUUUGUUAAAUAACUUUUCGAUGGAUUAAUAAUAGUUUUCAUUGAUAUACUUGGUGAUUAGAGAAAAAAAUGGAAUUGUUGAAAUUUGUGUUAGACAGAGAUUAUAUUUUUCGAUUUUAAUUAUUGCUUAUUAGUUUUUUUUCUUCCUGUUUGUUAUAUUUCAAUGUAGAUGUCGAUAAGUACAUACAUUAUUUGUUAAGAAUAUGAAUGUUACGUGGUAGCGUAAAAUGGGAACUUGGUUUUCUAAAGCUUUCUUUUUCAUUAAUGCUUGAGCUUCUGUCAAAGCGUUAGAUAAUUUUAUUUAUUAUCAAAUCAAUUGAAGAAUUUUUCUAUUGUUGGAUAUUUCAUACAUUAGAAAGAAUACUCAGGCUAACAGAAGUGGUACUACCAAAUGUUAUUGCAAUUAAAAAUGUUUGAAAUACUUUUUAUGUUACCUUCAAUACACCUUUUGAUUAUUACAACUUUUGCUUAGCGACUGUUCAAUAAAUAUAUAGACAAUUCAAUUCUUAAAAUUCGUCACAAAUAAAGAAACCAAUGAUCUAUCCUCUAAUUAUUUUAGACAAUGAUUAACUUUCAACUGUAUACCGCUUUGAUAGAAGCUAAAAUCGCUGAGUAGAAACGCCCGUGCAAAUGAAUGCCCAAUGCGUUACAUACAUAUCGGUGAAACUAGCUAAGCUUAGUAAGGAUGUUACAGUUUGAUUGUUUGGCGACAGAGGCAAAAAAAAUAGAAAGGUUUUUUAUGUUGGUAAAUCAAAUAUAUCACGCCUUAAAGUCCAGAAGAGUCUAAACCAGUAUCUGUUAUACCAAGCGGCCAGUUUUCAUGGCCCAUUGUAAAAUAAUAACUGAACAAUUGGGUUAUU